UUUUAGAGUGUCCAGAGGAGGGCAGGGAAGAUGGUGAAGGGCCUUGAGGGGAAGCCGUACGAGGAGUGACUGAGCCUGUUCAGUCUGGAGCAGAAGAGACUGAGGGGAGACCUCAUUGUGGUCUUCAACAUUCUCAACAAGGGGAAGUGGAAGAGCAGGGACUCAUCUCUGGUGACCAGUGACAGGACCCAAGGGAACAGCAUGAAGCUGUAUCAGGAGAGGUCUAGGUUUGCUAUUUCAAGAAGGUUUUUCAGAGGGUAGUUGAGCACUGAGAUUAGCUCAGUUGGUUAAAACAUGGGGCUAAUCACACCAAGGAUGUGGGUUCAGUCCCUGGAUGGGCCAUUCAUUUCAGAGCUGGACUUGAUGAUCCUUGCAGGUCCCUUUCAAUUCAGAAUAUUCUGUGAUCUGGGAACUCAGGGUAUGCUAUGAUUCUUUUGAAAGCUUUUGUUCAGAGAUUUAAGCUUAUAAAUCCCAAUUAAAAUAUCCUAACUAGAUCUAAGGGUACUGUGCAGGUUUGCCUUUACUGAUGUUUUUUUCAAGACCAUUAGUAACAUUCCUGCAAGUUUAAAGACAGGAAUAUAGCUACAUCACAAAAAUCUGCAGUUUAAUAAGCAUUUAUACAUGCACUACUAACAUUACACAACGUACUUGGUCAUAGCUGUUUUUUCAUAGUUUUUAGGCCUAUACAUUUACCUGUGACAUCAUUAUUAUAAAUUAUUAAUUACAGAUUUAUAUUCUAUUUCUUGCAAAUGGUAUUGGAGUAGGUCAAUAGAAGAGAAAAACAGUAUUCCCAGGGAAUUCACUCCAGAAACGUUUUUUUCAUAUUUAGCAUUGGGGUUUUUUUUCCCCAACUAUUAUUACAACAAUUACAGAAAUUUUUAGAUUUUGAAAAUUGAAAAAGCGUGAAAUACUUUGUUUCAUUGUUUGGUUUUGAAGGAUUUUUCAGUCUUGACGAGGGUAGAAGCUGGUCUUUACCUAAGUAAAACCACUAGAUGGCAUUCCAGAAGAGGAUUUCGAUAAAGUUAACAAACACAAUUUUCACAUGAGAAAUAUUAAGGGAUUACAGACUUGAAUGAGGGCCAGUGCUGUCACAUGAGUAAUGCAAAUCAGUGGAUUUAGGUAAUAAGUAUUGAGCUGACCUGAGAGGAAUCAAAACAAAUAAAAAAACCCCGAAGUCUAGUAUGAAUGAUACUGGCAUGAAAUACUGGAGGGGGGAAGGAAAGUUGCCAGAAUAUGGUAGCAACUACUGGAAUUCCUUCUACUCUUCCAUAACAGACAUUUGCUGAACUCUUAUUUUUCAGUUAUUUUCUCCACUUCUAAAGAUGUAUUUGUCAUGUGAUUUAAAACAGCUCUCCUAUAAGCUCAUUAAUUGUGCUCCAGGGGAGAGGAAGGUUUUUUUCUUGGCCCACUGCUGCUGAAAUUCGAUACAUGGCCUUUAAAAUUGAGUUUCACUGAUAAAAGCAUACUCUUCUCCCUUUCACAAAUGCACAUCUGUGUCCUCCAUACAGGUCCUAAUUUAUUCCAAGAGGAAUAUGCUAGCAAGGCAUAAUUUGAAGGCUGACUAAUGAUUUUGCUUGAUUUUUCUCCUUUAAUUGUUGGAAAUACAUGAUGAUGCAAAGGAUUUUAUCAUCUGUAGUAAUAUGGUAAGGUAAAUCAUUGCAAGCUUUAGAGUUAACAAACUUUAGAUCUUUAUGAGAUCAUCUGCUUGAAGUCAUGGGAGUAAAAAAUUAUUUUAUCUGCAAGGAUGGGACGUGUUAGAGACAGAGCCUGUUACACCAGAAAAACAACUUUCCCAUCGCCAGAGCAGAGCAAGUACUGAGGUUUUUGUCAUUCCGAACCUGCCAUCUGUGCUGCUUAACCUAUCCUGAGUGGCUGUGUUCUGAACCCGAAACCAAAACCAAUAGGACAUGAGUGAAAGCUGCUUUUUAUUAUUAUUUUAAUAUUCAAAGCUUAUAUGCUGUUGCAAUGAUUCUUCAUUUUUUUUUCUCUAAUGAAACUUGGAAAUGAGUUUGAAUGUUAAUCGACUAUUUAACAGUGACAAAGUGACACAAAUGACAGUAUCUUUCUAUAGGAUUAAUGGUGAUCCUCUUCUGGGAGUUCAAACCCCGUGUUAGAAAAAAACAGCAUUAGCAGUGGUAAUGGGAAAUUUCUGUUGUUUUGAUGUGAAACAGGCCCAUGAUCAAGUGCCUAACAAUGUCUUGGAAACAUGGUAACAGUGACCAUGGCACACAAUUACUGAGAAUCCAUAUAAAUUCAAUGCCUGCUGAAAUGGUUUUUUCAGGAUUCUCCUGGAAUUGCAACACAGAACUUGUGUAUUUCACGUCUGAAAGUUGUGUGACUGUGUCCCCUCAGUUUUCUUGUAGCAUGCUGAAACAUUUGCAGGAGUUGGCACCUCAAACACCAGGAAAUUCAAUUUCAUACGGUUUUCAUUCUCAUCUGCGUUUUAAUUUCCACUUAACAGCCUCAGUCCUCACAGCACAGAACCUCCAGGGAGCAGCACUAUUCGGCACAACCCAUGGCAUGGGUACGCACUGCCACACAGCUCGGAAGUGACCGUGUGUGGUACGAGGGCUGGCAACACUCACACACAACACCCUUUCUCGAUAUCCAACAGUUCUGGGGGAAAGGUUAAAAGCAUGCAACUGAUGCUUUAGGAAAUGGAAGAUGCAUCAGAUAGUGGCUUUGAAGUUGUUACAUCAGAAGGGUCAGGUGCAGAGCAAUCACCGGCAUUCUCACAAGAAAAAGCUCCAGUUAGCACAUCACCUGAGAUCACAUCUCCUGUUAACAAUGAGAAUUACUGUACUUUAUCUGAAAUAAGAAAUUCAGAAAGGGAAGAACAAACUUCUCAAAAUUCAGUACUAACAGAGAAUACAGCAAAUGGGACAGAGACAGCAAGCAUGAUUGAGGAUAAUGAAACACUUAGGAAGACUGAUGAAACUGUCCAGUCUGAAAAUCUGGAACGUUUUCCCAGAGAAGUCAUUCAACAGGAUUACCACAUGCCUGAUGUCAUAACUGUCAGAGUACAAACAGAUUCGGAUUCAUUUCAAGAAGUAGUUGUAAAAAUUGAAAGACGUACCUAUAAUAAACCUUUUCUGGGUGGAUUUAGGAACAUGUCAACAGGAGUGGAAUUUCAUAAUGCAGGAUCACAAACAAAACCCAAAAGACGACCUGACAAAGGAAUUCAGUUAUUUUGUAAGGAAACACAGACAGUUGUGGAAAAAAAUAAGCAACAACAAACAAGAAAUACAACAUCGACACAGAUGACUAAAAUUGGCCUUUAUGUAUCAAACAUGACUGACAAACUAAUAACUCCUGGAAAGUAUUUUACAGCAGAGGAAUACCAUAAACGUAGACUUGAAGCAGUAAUAGUAUUACAGAAAUAUUUCCGUCGUUGGCAUGCUAUAAAUUUAGCACAAAAUCUGAUGGAACAAAAGAGGUUAAGGCUGGCACGGGAGGCACAAGAAGAAUUACAGAAAAAAAGGGAGAAAGAAGAAAAAUUGAUAAGGGAAUAUGAGAAAAAACUGAACCCUAAAACAAAAGAAGACUUUGAGCUACUGUACCAUGACUUGGAAUUGUGGAUGCAGGAGGAGACUGCGCGAAUUAACAGAACUCUCAGUGGAGCUGAAAGGAAGGCAGCACUUUGUGCGCUUCUGGAAGAAGAGACAGAGCUCAUUGCCUGCAUUGGGAUGCACAAACUAAAUGCCAAUGUGGAGAAUCAACAAAAAGCAAUACUGCAACUUCUGGGUAAGUGUGCACAACCUAGGAGGUGGAAAGCAUUUGAUGGAAAAAUCACUGAAAUGGAUACACAGAACACGCUCCGUGGCAAAGAACUACUUGAAAUCUACCGCAGCAUUAGCACAAAGGACAUCCCAAAAGAUGAGAGAACAUCUGUGCUGUUAACACUCAAAUGUACAGUGAAGGAACAUGAAUGUAAAUUAACACAGGAAAUAGUGUCAUUAAUUGACAGGGAAAUUGAUCUUAUGUCAAGAGAGGUGAAAGAAUGCAACUUGGAAGGACUGAGGAAAAGAAUUUGUACAUUAUUUCUUCAGUAUAUUAAAAUUCCAGAGUGUAACCCUGAAGUUGCUGGGUUCCUUAAGGUUCCACAAAAUCCCUUAAAGCUUUAUAAAAAUGUUUACUUCUGUCAUAGCUGCGAAAAUUACUUACCAUCUACUGAGUUUCCCAUUCCUGCAAAUUCCCGCACCAUUGGCAGAUGUCGCUCAUGUUAUCAGCUUGAUAAUGAGGCUCGGAAACGAGAAGCAUAUUUCAAGUACAGACUUAUACUAGAAAAUCUCAGAAAGUCUGAAGUUGAUUAUCAGGAUGAUACUAAAAUUGUUUUCUUAGUUCAGCUUCCAGAUAUGCAGUACCUGAUUGAGAACAUAUGGAACUCCCAGUCAGCUCUCAGUGCCUGCAGUGACCUGUAUGAGUUGGUUAUGAUCAGGUGGGAUAAGCAGCAUGAGUGGUCUCCAUGGAACACUAUUCUCCUCACUAAAGAAGAGGCAGAUGCACAUCUUAAGCUGUGUAACCUUCAGAAGGCUUAUGAAGCUCCAUUUAUUUACAAAAUAAAACAAAAGCAUAUCUGGGCACAAAACUACUUUGCUCAGUUUCCGGCGAUGUCAUCAUUUUUGCAUAGAAGUAACAAUCAGGCUAAUGCAAAUUCCUGCAAAAAACAUAAUUCUUCGAAGUUAAAGAAGUGAACUAAAUUCCAAGGUUUUAAAGAAAUACACUUUUUCAUCAGUACCUUAAUUGUAUUACAGAGAUCAGAAUAAACUUCUGAGGAUAAAAUAAUUUGAUCUCAAUCAGUUAAUUUAACUGCAUUUCAAGUUUUGUAACCUCAUUUAAAACAAAAAUAAAAUGUUGUUAAAGAGCUUUGUAAAUUCUCAAUUUUUAGAGCAACGAUUGUUUUUCUGUGUAUUCCUGCAUUGCUUGGAACAUUCUGUCUAUAGUGUAAUAUUCCUGUUAGGCAAAUUCUGUUAAUUCUUUGUCACCCUUUAAUUAGAAAAUUAAUACUAUAGCACUGUAUUGAAUUAAUUUUUCUUGUGUUAAGCACAUAAGGCAGAAACCCCCUCAAACCAUGGAUUCAUACAGAACAACAGAAUAGAUAUACCUUUGCAGAUAUAGCUGCUUUUCCCUGCAAACAUUUGUGCAAAAGAGUAACUUUACUUUUUGUAGCUCAUCUUGAUGUUCACAGUGGAACUGCCAGCAUGUAAUUAUUGUAUUCAAUGUCUUGAAAUUAUUGUAAUUAUUAUAAUUUAUCACUCAUUAUAAUAAAUUAUGAGUAUUAUUUAUCAUA